AUGAAUACCACAGACGCAUCCUACAGUAAGCCCUACCAUGACCCAGUGGGACUCUGGAUCCUCGUGGUGCUGGUCAACAUCAUAGUCAUCACGGUGGUGGGGAACUUGUUGGUCAUUUUGGCGGUGGCGCGCACUCCACAGCUACAGACUUCCACAAACAUCUUCAUCAUGUCCCUGGCGUGCGCAGACCUCAUCAUGGGGGUCCUCGUUGUGCCUCUAGGAGCCAGUUAUGUGGUGACAGGUGACUGGCUGUUUGGCAAAGUUUUCUGCGAUCUCUGGACUUCUGUUGACGUCCUCUGUGUGACGGCCAGCAUAGAAACUCUUUGUGUCAUAGCCGUGGAUCGGUAUUUAGCCAUUACAAAGCCGCUGCGGCACAAAGUUUUACUGUGCAAGUGGCGUGCCAGAGUCAUAGUCAUCUUAGUGUGGGUCGUGUCCACUUUAAUUUCCUUUGUGCCAAUUAUGAAAGGGCAUUGGCAUUCAGAUAAACCAGAAGCGUUGGAGUGCUACAAAAAUGUUACCUGCUGUGACUUUGUGACCAACACCGUCUAUGCUGUCUCAUCCUCUACAGUGUCCUUUUACAUUCCGCUGUUCAUUAUGAUAUUUGUGUACACAAAGGUUUUUGUAAUAGCAUCGCGACAGGUCAAGCUUAUAGAUAAGAACAGAAUGCGUUUCCAAAAUGAAUGUCCGGCUGCACAGAUCCACAUUAGCCCCAGCUCGAACAGCAUCCUGCAAUCAGCGUGUGUGAGCUCCAGCUCCAACAACAGUGUAGCGAGGCGAAAGAGUGCCAAGAGGAGGCCAUCCCGGCUUAUGCUUGUCAAGGAGCACAAGGCCCUGAAGACUCUGGGUAUCAUCAUGGGGACUUUUACGAUAUGCUGGCUGCCGUUUUUUGUCGUUAACAUUUUAAAAGUUUGCCCCAACGUGGAGGAAAUCCCAGAGUAUGUCUUCCGGCUGCUGAACUGGUUGGGCUACAUCAACUCAGGCCUAAAUCCCAUCAUCUACUGCAGGAGCCCAGAGUUCCGCACCGCGUUCAAGAACCUGAUGGGCUGCCCGUGGCUGUCCACGCUGUGGCUGAACGACCUCUAUAAGGAACUGCGGACCCGCUGCUCCUGCUUUCUGUGGAAAGCAGAGUCGGGCACGACCAACUCUUUCCAAAAGACUUCAGCUGGGAGCACUGAGGGCAGUGACAGCCUGGCCAGCAGAAGUGAGGAGACCUCGCUGGGUCCUGCACAGUCCAACGGCAGCACAAAGCUGAGUGACUGUUAA